AUAAAGGCUGAAGUGGGAAAGAGAGAAACAAGCAGAGAAAAUUAAACAGAUCAAUAAUAAAUCAAUAAUUUAAAAAAAAAAACUGCACUCGUAUUUAUUAAGUUCAACAGCCAUAUAAGAAAUUAGCCUCUGUAUUCACCGGGGUCCUCCCACCCCUUCUGUCUUGUUCUCUAAUCCGCCCACAUGUAUCGUCUGAGGAAAAAAACUAGUGCAGAAGGUGACGCUCCUCAAAAGGAACAGAGAGAGGCUCAGAGAGGGAAAAGCAAAGAGAGAGGUGUCUACAGGCUGCAUCUCCACUGAAACAUUUGGAAGGGGAGAGGAAGAGCUGAAUGGUAGCUACACCCUGCGCCUGGAAGCGUAGAGACACUGUAACAAAGGCUGGCAAUUAUUUUUGGCAAUAACAAAGAGGUGGGAGAGGGGCUCUGAAAUCAAGGGAAAUAGCAAAAAAGACAGUUUUGAGAGGGACUUCUGCUUCAUUUCAUCCGAAAGACUCACCCUUUGCCAUCAUCAGCAUGACCAUAAGCUUUAAGUAACAUUCGGCAAUAACGCUAUCAAAACACGAUUUCCAGCAACAGACGCGCGCAAUCCUGUUUUGAUUUGUUAUAAUCGUGGGGAAAAAAGAUCCACUGAAUUCCUGCGAGAAACUGGAUACUCUCUGAAAUCAUAAGAUCUAACAAAGAAAACUACAUUUUGAUUGAUCUUUUAAGCUUGAUGUGCGUGUUUCUCCACGCACUCGAAACGAACCUGAACCAAAAGCAAACUCCUCAGACUCCUCCCUCCUCCUCCCGUCGGUUUCUCUCAUCCUCUCCCUCCCCCCCGGUCCUCUAUGCUCAGUUCGGUGUGUGUAUCCUCUUUCAAAGGGCGCAAGGGUGGGAACAAGUCGUCCAACAAAGCAUGUUACAGCGCAGACAUGACUUGUCCGUCGGAAAGCGAGAAAAUCGUGAUAAACUGCGGGGGGGUUCGGCAUGAGACCUACCGGAGCACCCUAAAAACGCUCCCCGGUACCCGCUUAUCCUGGCUCACCGAACCGGACGCAUUCAGCAACUUCGACUAUGACCCCAAAUUAGACGAGUUCUUCUUCGACCGCCACCCGUCAGUCUUCUCCUUCAUCCUCAACUAUUACCGCACCGGGAAGUUGCACUGUCCCAACGAUGUGUGCGGUCCCCUGUUCGAAGAGGAGCUGGCCUUCUGGGGCAUCGAUGAGACGGACGUGGAGGCGUGUUGCUGGAUGAAUUACCGGCAGCAUCGGGAUGCGGAGGAGGCGCUGGACAGCUUCGAGACUCCAGAACCUGACGCGCCGGACGACGACCCAGCGCUGGGUGGUGCGGAUGGGGACUUGAAAAGACUGUGCAUGCAAGAGGACGCGAGGAGAGCAGGCUGGUGGAAAACCUGGCAGCCCAGAAUAUGGGCACUGUUUGAAGACCCGUACUCCUCCAAAUAUGCCCGGUAUGUGGCAUUUAUUUCCCUUUUCUUCAUCCUCAUCUCCAUCUCCACUUUCUGCAUGGAGACGCACGAGGCCUUCAACACCAUCCUAAAUAAGACAGAGAACGUCACGAUGGGCAACGUGACCCGUGAGGAGAUAGUGUACGAAGUGGUGACUGACAGCUGGUUGACAUAUGUGGAGGGUGUGUGCGUCAUUUGGUUCACCAUUGAGGUCUUGCUGCGAGUCACCUUCUGCCCAGACAAGUUGGAAUUCUUCAAAAGUGCCCUCAACAUCAUCGACUUUGUUGCCAUCCUGCCCUUCUAUCUGGAGGUUGGCCUGAGCGGUCUGUCCUCCAAAGCUGCCAAGGAUGUCCUGGGGUUCCUCCGUGUUGUCCGAUUUGUGCGUAUCCUCCGAAUCUUCAAGCUGACCCGCCAUUUUGUGGGUCUCCGUGUCCUCGGCCACACUCUCCGUGCCAGCACCAAUGAAUUCCUCCUACUCAUCAUCUUCUUGGCCCUUGGUGUCCUCAUCUUUGCCACAAUGAUCUACUAUGCUGAGCGAAUUGGUGCAGACCCAGAUGACCCAACAGCCAGUGCCCACACUAACUUCAAGAACAUCCCCAUUGGAUUUUGGUGGGCUGUUGUGACCAUGACCACACUGGGAUAUGGCGACAUGUACCCCGAGACAUGGUCAGGGAUGCUGGUGGGUGCGCUGUGUGCCUUGGCUGGUGUGCUUACCAUUGCUAUGCCUGUACCUGUCAUUGUCAACAAUUUCGGCAUGUACUACUCUCUGGCUAUGGCGAAGCAAAAGUUACCCAAAAAGAAGAAUAAACAUAUCCCCAGAGCACCACAACCAGGUUCACCCAACUACUGCAAGCCAGAUGCCCUGGCAAUGGCUACUGCAUCACCGCAAAGGAUCUUGGGGAAUGUCUUAGGUGGAGUGAUGGGGUCUGGAGGAAUUGGGGGUGACUGUCCUCUGGCUCAAGAAGAAAUUAUUGAGAUCAACAGAGAUUCAAAGCAAAAUGGUGACGCAGCCUCGGCUGCCUUGGCUAACGAGGACUGCCCCACCAUCGACCAGGUGCUGAGCCCAGACGAGAGGAGCCCUAUUGGGCGAGGGCCUACUCGGGAACGCUACCAGCAGGACCGAGCUUGCUUCCUACUCAACACCAGGGAAUUCCGUGCCACAGAUGGGAAUGUGCGGAAAGAGGCAGCAGCUCUGGCACCCAGCCCAGACUCCCCUCUGACUGAGGAUUGGUAUAAGAUGGAGGGGUCUCUGCUACAGCAGGAUCUCAAUGCAAACUCCACCUCCUCCUGGAUCAAACCAUAGCCCAGAGUGUUAAGUUUCUAGCAUUCGCCUUCUCUCUUAUGAGGAGUCAGUAACCAGUAAACAAAUUGCGGCAGGAGCCACAUAAGUGACAGGCGUGUCACGGAUGGACGAUUUAAAGGAGAUCUUUGGGGUGAUCAAGAGAGACCAGAAGUUAAUCAUGAUUUUAAAAGUAAAUAAAUAAAAAAAAAAAUCACAUGGUCUGCUCCUCACAUCGGUACCAAAGCAGCCUCUCAGAACUCCAACCACACUUUGACAGCUAUCCAACUGACCUUUUUUUUUUUUUUUUUUUACCCUUCCCCUCUACUCUUUUCUGCAAAUUGACUGAGCAUUGCACAAAGACACACUUUUGGAGAGAAAAAGGACUCCUGAUUACACAUUCCAGAUGACAUCUCUAUGACAACAUGAUAACUGCCAUCUUGUUUGUUGACCAACUCGGCACCGUCUGCAGUGCUGAACAACUGAGCAACUUCACAAGUUUCUGACAAAAAAAAAAAAAAAAAAAAAAAAAAAGAAGAAGAAAAAUCUUUUCUUCAACUGGACCAUGAACAAUGUAGCAUCUCUGCUAACAUAUUGUAGCACCUGUUGGCUGGGAAAUACCUUGACUUAAUCCAUCAACAGUUCAAAGAGAGCGAAAUUUAUGCAUUCAAGGGAUCUUUUAGAUGUCAUUUUCCUCUUGGGGUCCUAUCCAGUGAAGAAAAAAAAUAUUUGAGGGAGUACAUGAGAGAUAAAGGAUUGGCCUUUUUGUUUUAAAUUGAAGUAAAAAGAAGAAGAAGAAAAAGACAACGCACAGAAAUGAGAUCAAUCAAAAAUGUCUAGUACUUAACAGCACCCUUAUUAACGUUUAGCACUUGUAUGUUUGCCACUGAAACUAUGUCUUCCAUUAACUUCUGUCUCUUUGACAUAAUCAAAAGCAGCAUCAACGAUAAAGCUGAACAACUGAAGCACAUGUAGCAUUAGCUCAAACUAGCCACAUAUGUAUAUUUAGACUCACCUAAAACAGCCAGUCACAAAAAGACAAAAAAAAAAAAAAAAAAAAAAGACUUCUCUUGAUCUCUCAUGUACUGAUGUGAGCUUGCACGAAUAUAUAUGUGGGAUACCAAAGGUCCUUUAGCAUGGAGUUGCUGAAUGACCUUCUGUAAUGUGUAGUAGAUUAGGAGAUAUAUUCAGUAUCGGGGAGGCUUCUACUCACCCUCAUACUGUCUGUCAGUAUGAGUAUGACCAUCAGUCCUUUAACUGCCACUAUCAUCCCAUGCCUAUAUGCACAUGUAAGUAUUAAACCUCAUGUCUGAUUAAAGCAGCCAUGAGGGGCAAAAAGACUGACUCAAGGAGUCUAAACAACUCCUAACACCUUGUUGGUUGAGGGGAUAUUGGCCUGCCUAAAUUACAACAAAAAUCUCUGCCCUACCCCUACGUAAGGACUGUUGUAGUAUAUCUAAAACUGUCCAUUAGCUUGUGUACUAUGUGUUAUAAAAGGGACCAAUCCAGUAAAUAUUUUCCCUAAUACAAAGGCCAACACUGCCAAUUUGGCACAAGAAUCCCCAGAUGCAUACUGCCCUGUCUCUCUCUUGUCUCUCUUGUUGCCAACAACAGCUUCAAUGGCAAGCUGGUGUCAAGAUGAAGAUAAGGAGAGCCCUUAGGCAAAAGGGGUAAAUAGGAAGAAACGGACCAAGGGUAGAGCGAGCGUGGAUGUGUACAAAGAGAGCAAAUCUAUAUUUUGAUAAACAAUUCUACAACUCUCCAAUGACUUUGGAGGAUGUUCCAGAGCCGGAAAGGUUCGGAGAAAGCAGAAAAAAAAAACCCCAACAAAAUCUCAUGCAAAUGUGAAAUGGAGUCCAGGAAAAGAAAAUGAAGGAAACAAAUAUUCCUUCAUGAGGGGUGUGCAAUAUUGUCUACCCCACAGUGGGAUUUUUUUUUUUUUUUUUUUUUUUUGGAAAGACAAUGUUUAAUGACUGAUUCUUGAAGACAAAAGAUGGACACUGAGAUAAAUGAAAAAAAAAGAAAAUGCAUUUUUGUAACUUUGUUUACCAGCAUGAGUAAUUUGCAUGACUGUCUUUUCUGCAAGCCCUUAGUUGAAGACAAGGGUGCUAGAGGUACAAAAAAGUAUAUAUAAAAGAAAUUAAAAAAAUGUUAUAUGCAAUUAAUGUUUUGAAAAAGAUUAUAACGAAAGAGAAGAGCUAUAUUUUCCUUUGAAAAGUUUAAAAAAAUGUGAAUAUUGAAACAUGUAUGUUUGCAAAGUACACCCUGAACUAUGUUUUGUUUGAUGAAAUCUCUCUGCUUCUACUGCCCUACACUCUUCAUUCCAGUGUUUAAGGUCUCUGCCAUAGUUUUGGUUUGUAACGCAUUAAGCAGUAUAUUUUCUAAAUAUUCAACAGACUUUGCCUGUAGCAUCUGUGCAAAGGACAUUAGUUGCUGUUAAUCACUAAAUCCAUGUUUCCUCCUUGAAUUGUUUGCACAACUUCCGUAGCAAAAGCAGCAGUUGCUCUAAAACAACAGCUCUCCAUACGACAACUUUAACAGCUUGAUUAAUACUCAUAGUUUGCUUUCUUUUCUUCUUUUCUUUGGCAAUAAUACAAGAGUUGUCACAUGGCUGUAGCAGGUAAAACGGAGAACCUCGAGUCCUUCAAGUAUCUUCAAACUUCUGUGUUGAAGAGAUUCUUAAGGGCCUUGCAUGCCCCCGUUGCAGGAUUUCACUGGGAUAGGCAGUUUUGUCCCACUCAUUGCCAGUAGGAAAGCAGAAGUACGAGUGUGGCUCAUUCAGUAGAGACCAAUAAGACUAUAAGUGAUACUAUUAUGGUGAAGUCGAGAGAGAUUUCUGGUUUGCGUGGAUCUGACUGCCAAUCCAAAAAUUUGGGUGUGGUUUUAAGGACUCAGGUGUGCCGAUAGUGUGCGUGGAUGUAGGUGUUUUGCUAUUUUCUUUCUAACAUAAUAAAUUCUAGUAUAUAGACAACGAUAAUGUGAACACCUCACAGUGAUGUGUAAAAAACGCAUGCAUUAUGACUUGAUAAUCUCUCAAGGGGGAACAGAGUCUUGACAUUUCCCCUUAGCCUCCUGUCAUUGUUUGUCAUGAAUCCAGUCCUGAUAACUAUAAACACUGUGCCGUGUUGUAGAGCAGAAACGUCUUCCUCGGACAAACAGAAAACUACUCACACUCACAGUGUCAGCAUGAGUGUGUAGAGAUAGCUCGUCUUCGUUUUUUUAGAUGGUCAGGUCUUUGCAUCCAUCAUUUAUUGUAGAGUCACAAUCGCUCUGCUGGUUCGCUCAUGCAAAACACAGUCAUAUAAGCACCAAUCAAAGAGACCCAGAGCUUCCAAAAUGAUGUCAGAAAGUGAAAAAGAGGAUGAAAAAUACCAGUGACGACCAAGGGGAGACUGAUAAUAAUAAGAUGGUAAAAAGAUGAUAGAAUCCUAGUGUUGAGUGCUCUUCAAGAACCUCAUCCUUGGUUUGGAAUUUCAAGUGAGUUUCCAGCCCUGCUGGUCCAGGGCUCAGCUCAGGCAGCUGAAUGGUCCUCUGUCCAUUCCUAUUACAUUUCAGUUGGAGGCUCACCAAAACAUGAGACUCAAUGGUGUGAUACAGACAACAGUGUUCAACAAAUCUGUUGAGUCUGUGCUGGUUUAACAGGGUCUUAAACUUUUGUCUAUUUGCAAAAAUGGUUCAUGUAUUUUCUUUUAGUCCCAUAUCUUUUUAAAAAACAGUAUCCAGUUUUCUUUGGAGGGCAUUGGGCUAUCAUGGCUUUGACGUUUAAGAGAACUUUAGAAACAAAAAAAAUUUGUGCUUGACCCAGCUGUUUGUGUUUUUAUGGCCAUGUAGUGUCUUUUACUGCCAACUUUUAGGUCUGCCAUGUCUUCUUUCUGCACAUUGUGACUGCUCUGCCAGUGCCAGGCUGAAAAAAGAUGUCUUUUCUUUUCCAAUGCAUAAUACUGCCAUUUGAUUUAGACAGGUUGAACAAAAUCAGUUACAAUGUGGAGAGUGCUAAGUCUGUUUUAUUUUCAACGGUCUGCAAUGUGUUGGAAAAUGUUAGAGAUUUUAUGUCAAAACACCUCACACAACCAAAAUAACUAAAAUGCUUUACAUGAUGAGAAGGUGCCACUAAUGGUCUUUGUUUAGGCACACUAUUAUGGCAUGUCCUCUGCAGGUAUUUCAAAGGCGUCAUGUAGUUCUACAAUGACACAUCCUCAGUGGCAUCCAAGUUUUUUCUAUUUGCUUUUCUAUGCCUGUUUACGUUUAGAAUGUUUUUUCUUUCCAAUGAGGACACUGUAUGCAAUCUGUACCACGAAUGCCACUGAUUGAAACUUACUGUAUGCUCCCUGAGACACAGAUGUGCUGUCAUCAGUUCAGAUGAUUGCAACCACACAGGUAGUGGCUUUAUAGCCUUUCAUAAUGUUGCUUAGCAAUCACAUUUAUGAAAAAAAAAAAAAUUAUUUUACUAAUUUACUAACCAGAGUUGUUUUAGAGGAAAUUAUAUCAUACUAACUAGAUUUUUCUAAUUCAACAAAUAUUAUUUUAAUUAGAAAAAAAAAGAUAAACUUAUAUACAUGCAUAUGAUUUAAGUUGUGUAUCAUGUAUCCAUUUAAGCAUUCCAAAGAUUCAUUUUUACAUGAUAUCAAAUUGUAUAAAACAGACUUAAGUACUGAUCCAUUGUACUGCGGUCUUACUAGGAGAGUGGAUGAGGAGAAGAGGUGGUCAUUGGAGCAUCUGGUUUUGACUUAUGCCGGAUUUCAUUUUUGAAAUGUUGGGACACAAAGAACAACUCAUUAAGAACUGUAUAAAGUAUAUUUCAAUGGAAUGUUCAUGAUCUAUCUUUUUAUAUUUUGAAAAAAAAAAAAAAAAUAGAGACAUAUCAAUAAAGCGUCAUAAUUGAACAUAUUUCUACUAUUGAGACUUAAAAUGUAUGAAUGUCAAUACGAUCUAAUGUGAACCAACCUUCAUAGCAGCUUGAAUGAUUAACUAAUUAACAGUCAUGAGAUGCUUUUUCAGAGACAUUAAAUUGCUUAAAAAUCAUUGAAAUCAACUUCAAAUAAAUCAAAAGUAACCUCA